AUGUGGUCACUCGUUUCACUGUCUGCGGCGCUCGCUCACGCCCGGAUUCUGGCUUUCGACAAGAGGCUGCCUCUGAGGUUCGUGGGCAGAGGUCAACCUUUCGCAAACACAACUACUCCCGAUUUCUUUUUCAACAGAACCACGGACGCUGCCUUUACGUCCACCUCCACGGAUGAAUUUGUUCCUGCAACCUCUCUUGCGUCCACGACUUCGGUAGAUGCCAAUGCCUUGGAUGACGCGACAUGUACCGGUUCAGUCACGUACUACGGCUCGGUUCCUCCCACCGUCUACGUGACCGUCACCGAAGGGUUCGAUGUGACAGUCACAGCCAGCAAUGUAUCUGUGACGGACACCCCGACUUUGAUCACACCCCUACCAGCUUGUGAAGCCACAAUUAUGCCCUUGAUAGGUCCUAACGUACUACCCAACCCCUCCAGCUCCUUCUAUUCUGCCACUCAAUCAACUCAAUCACCAGAUGGCAACUCCUCCAGCUCCUUCUAUUCUGCCACUCAAUCACCAGAUGGCUAUAUCCCUGGAAUCAUCCCUGUGCUCGAGACCCCUGCAAAUCCCCCAGUCCCUCCUGAAUCAGCAACGGCGCCACUGGCAUCACAGGCCCCUCAGGGAUCACAGGCCCCUCAAGCAUCGUCCAUGGCGAAUUCCUAUUCCAGCGUUGACUACACGAGUACCGUUAUUGUUACCAAGAAGACACCAGCGACGGUAGUUGCUCCGCCGACCACCGCAGCCGGCGUCAACUUUCAAUAUCCCACCGAUCCCACGUCAUCUCCUCCCAAAAACACUGGCCCCUCUCCUUCAGUGAAAGGCGCCGGUGGAAGCGGCGACGACGGCAAUAGCAAUGUCGAUGCUCCAGGUCAAUCGGGUGAUGCUGAUCCGCCUCGAGUAACGAGUAGUGCUCAUAGAGCCUUGGCAUCUGUCGACGACAAUGAUGCUGCAACUCCCAGCAGUACUCCCGCAGAGGCACCUCCCACCACCACCAAACUGGGCGACAUAAUCGCCUCAAUCUUUUACUCGGGUUUUGCGACUGCUUCAACAACGAAUGGGUCCCCAACCGCAACAGCUUUCACUACCAACAUCAGCAAUAUUCCUAUCGUCGUCCUUCCUUCCAGCGUAGCCAUCGGCGGCCAAACUGUUGCUAUCCCGACUUCCGCUCCAACCACAGUCCAGGCCAGUGGUGCUACAUUUACUGUGCAACCUUCUGAAAUCAUUGGACAAGGGACAACCAUUACCAUAUCCCCAGCGCAGCGGCAGGAAGGGGUACCUACAUCUGUGCCCACCUCGACCUUUGCUAUAGGCGAUUUGACCUUGACCGUUGGCCCAACCCUGGCAAUCAUCUCUGGAACAACAUACAGGAUCGGUCAGGGCGCUCCGGCAACCACCCUAACAGUGGAUGGAACAGCCAUCUCUGUCGGGUCAAUGGGUGUAGGACUGCCCAGUACCACUUUGAGCGCCGGUGACAUAACUCAGCCACCUUUUGUUGUAUAUACAGCAGAAGGGUUGACACUGUCUGUGGACAGUAGUGAGGCUGUCAUCAGUGGCACCACCCAUCGCAUCGGCUCCCAUGCUCCUCAAGUGACAGCGACCAUCGGCAGCCACAGUGUGUCGUUCGGGCCAGGAGGAGUGGGAUUGGAAUCGACCACUAUCGCUCCAACGGCAGCGCCAUCUUCGAGCGCUAGCGGCAGCCGGAAGUUGACGUCCACGGGUGCAUCCGCGACGCAAUCUGCCGCUCCUUCAAAUGGCGCCUCAUCUGAAACGAAAGUAUUAUCUUUGAAGCUGUUGGCAUGGCAUUUGGUGGCCAUACCCAUAGUGUGGCUUGCCCUUUGA